AAUAUUAAUUUUUAAUUUUCCAUAAACCCUUCUAGUUUUGUAAAUAGAAGGGGAAAGAUAGAUUACAGGCGAGUGAAAAGGAAGUACAUAGAAGACAACAAUGACGACGCUCCUCUUCUUCUUCUUCGUCUUCCUCUACACAGUAACAACUCUCACAUUUCCGCCAUUAACAGCCUCAGGAGCAACAUCUUCUUGCCGGACAUUCUGCGGCAACAUCCCAAUAAACUACCCGUUCGGCAUCGACGAAGGCUGUGGAUCUCCACAGUUCAAAGGAAUGUUAAACUGCUCCACCGAUCUGUUUUUCAUCACUCCUUCCGGUGGCUACAAGGUCCAGAGAAUCGAUUACCAGAAGAACAAGAUGGUCGUCUUCGAUCCGGCCAUGUCCACUUGCUCGAUCCUCCAGCCUCACCACGAUUUCAAAUUAUCAGAUAUCCAAAACGCCGUCGUAAGGCCCUCGUACGACACCGUUUUCGCACUCCUCAACUGCUCCACCAACUCGCCGGUCUUUAAUCGGUACCGGAAUCUCUGCUUCAAUGCCUCCGGCCACUCCUGUGACGAGCUUUACAGCUCCUGCACUUCCUUUCGCAUCUUCAACACUACCUCCCCUUCCGGUAAUAGUACGGUGCAUACGACGCCGUAUUGUUGUUUCACUAGCUACGAUACGGUGCGGGUGAUGAGUAUGAACAUCUUGGACUGCUCACAUUACACGACGGUGAUUGACGGUGGGAAUAUGAGAGACGCCACGACCACGCCUUUGGAUUGGUCGUACGGGAUCGAGCUUUCUUACUCGGUGCCGGAGAUCGGCUGUGACCGUUGCCGGAAGUCAGGCGGGAUUUGUGGCUUCGACGCCGAGACGGAAAUCUUUCUUUGCCAGUGUCCCGCUUCCAACAAUAACCCUAUCGCUUCCAACAAUAACCCUACAAGAGAAUGUGGUGGAGGUAUGACUGAUCGAGGAGGCUGCAACUCUACAAACAAUAAUUAUACGACGCUUCUUUUGGCUAUGUUAAUGUCUUUUCUUUACGUUAUUUUGUGAUAUAUCCCCUAUCCCUAUGUCAAUUUAUAAGAAAGUUAUAAUUGUAGUAAUAUAUGGAUUAUUUAU